AUGCCUCUUCACCUAACCCGUCGGCUUUACUUGUAUCAGUUCUCGCAGAUAAAGUGGAAGAUGCUCGAUUUCGAUCAUCCUGCGUCCAGCACGACAAAGCAUGAAAGGGUUCCGCCGCCUGACACCCCUUCCAAAAAGCGUCAAACUGGUGAGAACGAGUCGAAGCAUCUGCCACCCAAGUCACCAGAGCUUUCUCGCGCCUCCUCCACUUCUACAGGUUUUGCCGCCAAGGAGAGCAAUUCUACACACACCAUGGUAAACACUGCACCGGAACGUCCUCUUCCCGCUUCACCAGGUCCGCCUCACAAGACGUUUGUUCCUGGUCAUCGUCGCAAGUAUUCUUGUGGCGGCUGUGCACAGAGUCUUCCUGCCAACAAAACCAAAGGCGACUGCUUCAAUGACAAGGUCUACAAGGGCAAGAGCUGUGUCCGCUGCAAAGGCAAGGCUUGCCGUCCGCUAAUCCCAGAGGCACGUUCUCCUACUCUCCGUUUGCAGCGCGAGCUUCGAAAAAAGAAGGACCAUCAGAACGAGGGAUACAUGGAGUUUCUUCGCAGCCAGAUUCGCAGUAUCCUACCACCCAACCGGAAGGACGUGCCAGGCAUCAUAGAGGCACGGGUAAAGGCGGGCGAUUUCAAGGACCUCACUGACGGGACGUGUCCGCUGAGGAUGAGGAUGAGUGAGUGGACGAGUCUGACUCCGACACAGAAGCUCACGACAAGACCAAUGCUUCCGCCGUUCCUGGUACGGGUGUUUCCACCCCCACUCGUCCGCCCUCUAUGUGAUCAAGACUGGCCCCUUCAAGCUCUUGGAACGCAUUGCCAAGAACGCGUUCAGGCGGGACUGUCUCGAGAUAGUCGACGCAUGGGAACAGUGUUAGGCAACCCACGCCGGAUGCGUUCCCUGGCGAAGACUACCUAG